GGCCCCGCAGCGGUCCAGGCCGGGAGCUCGGGCAGCAUCGGUUGUCGUGGGAACGGCGGCGUAGGCAGGCACUGACGUCAGCGGGCGGCGCCCGUACUGCACCACCCGGUGGGCUCUCAGAGCCGGAGUGGCUGGCGGCUAGGGUGGCUACGCGGGUGCCUGGCUCCCGGCUCGCGCCCCCGGCGGCGUAGGGAUCCGCUUCGCACAGUCCCAGUGUCGGCUCCGGCGGGACUGUCUGUCGGCCGCUCUGGACUCUGUUCUCAGGUGUCAGCUUGGUGCUGAACCUCGAACCUGUGAAAUGCCUUCUUAAUUACAUCCGAGAAAAGGAUCCUGAUUGAGUCAUUGCUUUACAUUAUAACUCAGUGCUCUCCAUAAAGCUAAGAGAUGCCCACUGUGGAGAGUGAAGCCAUGGUAAAAACCAAAGUUCGCUUUGAGGAAUUGCUUAAGACCCACAGUGAGCUCACUGAUGAAAGAAAAAAACUGAAGAAAAAAAUGGGCAAAUCUGGAGAAAAAAUUGCAGAAUCCUGUCACGUGAGUAUACAUCAGAGAACAGAGAGAUUAAGGAACUUACCCAAGAUCUUACAACUACUUGACACUGUUAGAAGCAAUCUUCUAAAAAGUAAAGAAACUAGAGGUGAUGAUGUAAGUCCUACGAGCAUUGAUAACUCAGAGGAGAGCAUGCAAGUCACUAAAAGUAAACUAAGGAAUCCUCAGUCAACGCCUGAAAAUCCAGAUGAUGUUAGUGUAGAGGAAGAAAAGCAAGGAAAGACAAGUAAAAAGGCGGUGAAAACAGUAUUCCAGAUGGCUGCACAAGGAAUGGAACUGGAAACUCCUGUGAAGAAGGUGGAUUCCACACAUCAGAAAGCACGGACCAGGCCACAGCCAGGUGUUGCUCAUCAGAAGAGCAAGAAGGUAGAUGAAGAAAGAGAAAACAGUAAUUUAGAUGAGGAGGAAGAACUGUUGCAAUUGUACCAACUUCAAGUAGCUGAAGAAAUGGCGAAGGAGAUUAAGAAGAAAAUAAGAAAGAAACUCGAAGAACAGUUGACUUACCUUCCCUCAGAUCCCUCAUUGCAUGAUGGCAAACUGAACAGUGAGAAAAAAAUAAAGAAAAAAAAGAAAGUUUCAAUGUCGUCUAAAGCUGAAACAAGUACAUUGAUCAUCUCUGAUGACACAGCUGAAAGUGAACAAAAGAAAGAAUCUCCAGUUAGAACAGUUACUUCAGAUUCUCAUCAAGAUGAGAAAAUAAGCUCAGUGGAAGACAAUGUAGAAGACAGCAUGCAAGAUGACACAAAAUCCAAACCAAAAAAAAAGAAAAAGAAGGCUAAAACAGUUUCAGAUGAUAAUGAAGACACUGAUGGUGAUGGUGUUCAUGAAGUAACAAGCCGAGAUAGUCCAGUUUAUCCCAAAUGUUUGCUUGAUGAUGAUCUUGUCCUGGGAGUUUACAUUCACCGCACUGAUCGACUUAAGUCCGAUUAUAUGAUUUCUCACCCAAUGGUAAAAAUUCAUGUGAUUGAUGAGAAUACUGGUCAAUAUGUCAAGAAAGCUGAUAGUGAACGGCCUGUUUCAUCUCACUAUGAAAAAGAAAAUGUGGAUUACAUUCUUCCUAUUAUGACCCAGCCAUAUGAUUUUAAACAGUUAAAAUCAAGAAUUCCAGAGUGGGAAGAACAAAUUAUAUUUAAUGAAAACUUUCCCUAUUUGCUUCGAGAUUUUGAUGAGAGCCCUAAAGUCAUCUUGUUUUUUGAGAUUCUUGAUUUCUUAAGCAUGGAUGAAAUUAGGAAUAAUUCUGAAGUUCAACACCAAGAAUGUGGCUUUCGGAAAAUUGCCUGGGCAUUUCUCAAGCUUCUCGGAGCCAAUGGAAAUAUAAACAUCAAUUCAAAACUUCGUUUGCAGCUAUAUUACCCACCUAGUAAGCAUCGAUCCCAAUUAAACAUUGUUGAGGUUUUUGAAUGGUGGUCAAAAUAUCCAAGGAAUCAUUAUCCAUCAACAUUAUACGUAACCGUAAGAGGAUUGAAAGUUCCAGAAUGUAUAAAGCCAUCUUACCAUUCUGUGGUGACUGUCCAGGAGGAGAAAGGUAAACCAGUGUAUUGUGAAGGACACCAUGAGGCCGGUUCAGUAGAUGCAGAACCUGGACUAGAAGAUUCUAAAGAAGUAGUGAAGUGGAAACGACUACCUGGGCAGGCUUGCCGUAUCCCAAAUAAGCACCUCUUCUCACUAAAUACAGGAGAACGAGGAUGUUUUCGUCUUGCUUUCUCUCAUAAUGGAAGAAUAUUAGCAGCGGCCUGUGCCAGCCGAGAUGGAUAUCCAAUUAUCUUAUAUGAAAUUCCUUCUGGGCGUUUCAUGAGAGAAUUAUGUGGCCACCUCAAUAUCAUUUAUGAUCUUUGCUGGUCCCGUGAUGAUCGCUAUAUCCUUACUGCAUCAUCUGAUGGCACUGCCAGGAUAUGGAAAAAUGAAAUAAAUAAUACCAAUACUUUCAGAGUUUUACCUCAUCCUUCUUUUGUUUACACGGCUAAAUUCCAUCCUGCUGUAAAAGAAGUGGUAGUUACAGGGUGCUAUGAUUCUGUGAUACGGAUAUGGAAGGUUGAUAUGAGAGGGGAUCCUGCCAUAUUGAUUCGACAGUUUGACACGCACAGAAGUUUCAUCAACUCUCUCUGUUUUGAUAUUGAAGGUCAUCACAUGUAUUCAGGAGAUUGCACAGGGGUGAUUGUUGUUUGGAAUACCUAUGUCAAAGUCAAUGAUGUGCAACAUUCAGUGCGCCACUGGAGUGUAAAUAAGGAAAUUAAAGAGAGUGAGUUUAAGGGUAUUCCUGUAAGUUAUUUGGAGGUUCACCCCAAUGGAAAACGAUUGUUAAUCCAUACCAAAGACAGUACUUUGAGAAUUAUGGAUCUCCGAAUAUUAGCAGCAAGGAAAUUUGUAGGUGCAGCAAAUUACCGGGAAAAGAUUCAUAGUACUUUGACACCAUGUGGGACUUUUCUCUUUGCUGGAAGUGAGGAUGGUAUAGUAUAUGUCUGGAACCCAGAAACAGGAGAACAAGUAGCAGUGUAUUCUGACCUGCCAUUCAAAUCACCCAUUCGAGACAUUUCUUAUCACCCACUUGAAAAUAUGGUUGCAUUUUGUGCAUUUGGGCAGAAUGAGCCAAUUCUUCUGUAUAUUUAUGAUUUCCAUGUUGCCCAGCAAGAGGCUGAAAUGUUCAAAUGCUACAAUGGAACAUUUCCAUUACAUGGAAUAUACCAAAGUCAAGAUGCUUUAUGCACCUUUCCUAAACUGCCUCACCAAGGCUCUUUUCAGAUUGAUGACUGUGUCCACACUGAACGUUCUUCAAUGAGGAUGCAGCAAGUGAAACAGAGACUUGAUUCUGUCACAGUCAACAAAAAUCUCUCCUUUUCUUCAACGUCAGCCUCCUCACAGCAGUCUAAGUUAAAACAGUCAGACAUGCUGGCCGCUCAUCAGAUUCUACCUCAGUCUGGUUUCCCUCAGCCCGGGAUUAACAGCAUGGAAAGAAAGCCUGGUAACCAUCAUGUAGAUACAGCACCAAUGGUAGUGGCUCUUUAUGACUACACAGCGAAUCGAUCAGAUGAACUAACCAUCCAUCGCGGAGACAUUAUCCGAGUGUUUUUCAAAGAUAAUGAAGACUGGUGGUAUGGCAGCAUAGGAAAGGGACAGGAAGGUUAUUUUCCAGCUAAUCAUGUGGCUAGUGAAACAUUAUAUCAAGAACUGCCUCCAGAGAUAAAGAAGCGAUCCCCUCCUUUAACCCCAAAGGAAAAAACCAAAGUGGAAAAACCUUCUUCAGCUGCUCAAAAGCGGCCAGUCAAGGACAAGUCCCAGGAUUUCCGAUUGGGCUCAGAGUCCGUGACACAUUCUGAAGUAGGCAAAGAGCAGAGCCGUGAGGACCAAGCACACGUAAUGGAUAUGCACUUGAAGAAGAAUGAGCCAAGCCAGCGGAAGAGUAACCCUAAUAGAGUAAAGAGUUGAAGAAGAAAGAAGACAACCAAAUACACAGAAGUGAAAUGAAAAAUUAAACCAAACAGUUUUUGUUCAGAGUUAAGAAUUUUCAGAUACUAAGAAAGAAAGGAAGGACUGCUGCUUCUUGUCCUUAUGAAAGAAUCUAGAAAAAUCAGAAACGAGGUAUGAGUAAAAAACUAAAUGUGGCCUUUUGACCUUCAUUGUUAUAAACCAUUGUGAUUGUUAUUGAUCAAAGUAGUGGUACUUGUAUUUAUUUAUUAGUAAUUACAUCAGCAUUACAUGACCACUUUUGGAAAACCCAUAAAGAAAAAAAUAUAAUUGAUAUUCAGUCAACAUGAAGGAAAAGUAUUUACACUGUUAGGAUGUCCAUUAAGCAAUCAUUUAAUAUUAUUGUAUCUGUAACAUGGUUGUGUAUAUGAUGUUAUGUUCAGAAUAUGAAGUGUAUGCUUUUGAAAUUUAGCUUUAUUUAAGAGAUAAGCAGCUUCAGAAUAUUGUGUAUUCUAAAUGGUCCCAGUGAGAAAGACAUUAAAAGAGAACAAAUUUGUUUGUUUUGAAUGAAUCAUAUAUGUACCUUGAUAAUAUAAACUAAAGAUGGCCUUUGGCUAGACUGGCAGCAGGGUUUCAAAUUUCCUUACUUUUUAAAAAGAACAUUUCAUAUUUAAGCAUAUAAGUCAUUUGUAGACUUAUAUUGUUGAAUAUUUAUUUUAGUCUUAACAUUUGUUCUUAAAUUAUUACAUUGCAUUAUUUAUUGUUUGAGUUCCAUAAUUAAUGGUGUCAUCACUAUGUGACUAUAUAUUUUAAAGUGUUAAAAUAGGAAAGUUCAUUUGUUUUUUUUUUUUCCCUUGGCUCCUUUCUCAACCAUGUGAUUUUAAGUCUGUCAAUAAAAUAUUUAACCCUACAGAGGCCAAAACUAAUAUAGUAUCAGAAAACGUAUUUACCAAAUUAAGCAAUUGGAUCAAUUAAAAUAAGAAGUGAGAAAAACAGUGUUGGGCAUUGAGGUGUAAAUUUUGCCCAGAUGUAUACCCCAUAUGAAAUAUCUUCUAGUAAAAAUAUAUUUGGCUCCUAUCCCUGCACAUGUUGUAGAGGCAUGAAAAUUGGUAAACAUGCCCCUGCUGUGUAGGACUUAAAGGGGAGAGCAUUUUGGAAGGUGGUGAGUGCCACCAAGCUCCCACUGUCCUGGACGCACACGUCUGUGCUUCAGGUGCAGCUGGGCCCAGAAGGCUGGAGUCACCCUUGUGCGACCUUGUUUGGUCUGUCUUGUGAAUGCACUUGAUAAUUACAGAAUUAAAUAUGCAUCUUUCUGCAGUUUCAGCUCAUAGUUUUGAGUUAUGUAUUGAUUCUGUGAUUUAGGUUUUAAUCACAAAGGAUUUCAACAAGUUGCAGAAAGAGUUUAAAACAAGACAGGGUGCCUGGGUGGCUCAGUCAGUUAAACAUCUGCCUUUAGCUCAGGUCAUGAUCCUGGAGUCCCAAGAUCGAGCCCUACAUCAGGCUCUCUGCUCAGCUGGGAGUCUGCUUCUCCCUUUGCCCCCACCCCACUCUUGUGCGCUCUCUCUCUCUCACUCUCUCUCUCAAAUAAAUAAGUAAAGGGGCGUCUGGGUGGCUCAGUGGGUUAAAGCCUCUGCCUUUGGCUCAGGUCAUGAUCCCAGGAUCCUGGGAUCGAGCCCCGCAUGGGGCUCUCUGCUCAGUGGGGAGCCUGCCUUCUUCUCUCUCUCUCUGCCUACUUGUGAUCUCUGUCUGUCAAAUAAAUAAAUAAAAUCUUUUAAUAAAUAAAUAAAUAAGUAAAAUCUUUAAAAAUAAAUAAAAUUUAAGACAAAUGUAGGGUGUGGGGGUGGUUCAGUUAGUUAAGUGUCCGACUCAUUUUCAGCUCAGGUCAGGAUCUUCAGGGUCAUGAGAUCAAGCCCUGCAUCAGGCUCCCUGUUCAUCAAGGCGUCUGCUGGAGAUUCUCUCCCUUUCUCUCUGCCCCUUCCCCCACUCGCAUGCUCUUCUCACACUCUUUUGCUCUCAAAAAUAACUAAAUCUAAAAAAAUUAAAAUAAAACAAAUGAGGGGCGCUUGGGUGGCUCAGUGGGUUAAAGCUUCUGCCUUUGGCUUAAGUCAUGAUCCCAGGGUCUUAGCAUCGAACUCCGCAUUGGACUUUUUGCUCGGCAGGGAGCUUGCAUCCCGCCUGCUCUCUCUGCCUGCCUCUCUGCCUACUUGUUAUUUCUGUCUGUCAAAUAAACAAAAUCUUAAAAAAAAAAAAAAUACAAAUGAAAUAUGUCAGGGAAACUAAACAUUUGCUGAGGUCUUGAUGUUCAUAUGAAAAAUAAAGGGUUAUUUUUGUAUUGCAACUACUGAAGACAAAAGUAAGAAUUGAGGCAAAACGAGGAAUAGUUGGUGUUACUCAAAACCCAGUCCUUUUCUCUUUUGUCCUGUUGACAAAUAAGAUUCCAGUUAUAUUCAUGAAUAGAUUAAUAAAAUGUCUUUAUCAUACUCUCAGACAUGAGAUGGAGCAGAGGACAACCUAAAAGUGUUCUCCAAGCACAAGUCCAAAUUAUAGUCAAGUAGAGAAAUCAGACAGGAGAAUCUAUUUGAAGAUUCUGGAACUGCAUAUUUUUCUUAUAACAGAUUAGUUUUAUCUUCAUUCUGAAAUUAAUAAAUUUUGUCCCAUUUUAAAAAGUCUCUUUUCUCUAAACAAGUAACAAUUUUUGACACUUUUUAUAGAUCUAAAUAUUUUUAAACUAUUCUUAGAAAUUUAUUUCACAUUUGAUUCUACUUUAUCUUGAACAUUGAAGUUUCUUCAGUAUCAAAACUAUACCAUGAGUAAGAUUUACAAAGCUAGAACAAAAAUCAAGUUUGUUUGUUUGGGUUUUUUAAAAGAUUUUUUAUUUAUUGGAGAGAGAGAGAGCACAAGCAGUGGAGAGGGGCAGAGGGAGAGGGAGAAGCAGACUCCCCACUGAGCAGGUAGCCUAACUCAGGGCACAAUCCCAGGAUUGUGGGGAUCAUGACCCAAGCCAAAGGCAGGUGCUGAACUGACUAAGCCCCCCAGGCACCUCAAAAAACAAGUUUUUAAAGAUUUAAGACAUGAAACAUUUUUCACCAUAUAUAAAUGUACAUUUUAAAUGAAAUCAAUGUUUCUAAAUGGCUAAUACUUGGUACUUUUAAAACCUUGUGUAACGUUUCUUUCUAGAAAAGCAAAUACUUGACCUUUAUUUUAAGUUAUAGUAAAGUUUUCUUAAAGGUAUUUUUCUGUUUAGGAAGUUCAGCAAGAGUAUAUCUAGGAAAUAACUUACCAUUUCAUAGCUUCAUGUGACAUGCCACUUUAAUCAUAUAUUUAACUCACAUAUUUCUUUAAUACUUUUUAUUUAUUUAUUUACUUUAGAGAGAGAGAGUGCAUGUGUGCACAGCGCGGGGAAGGGUAGAGGAAGAGAUAGAAUCCUAAGCCGGCGCCACACCCAGCAUAGAGCCUGACAUGGGUCUCCAUCUCCCAACUCUGAGAUCAUGACCUAAGCUGAAAUCAAGAGUUGGACGCUUAACCUACUGAGCCACCCAAGUGCCCCUUAACUCACAAAUAUUUUUGAGAGUUACAAAGUUCUAGAACCUAUAAAAUUCAAUACCUUACACUUUCUUUAAAGAUUAUAUUUUUAGGUAAUCUCCAGACCCAACAUGGGGUUCAGACUCACAACCCCAAGGUUGUGAGUCACAUGCUCUACCAACUGAACCAGCCAGGGUCCCCAACGACCUUAUACUUUUAUUGAUACAUAUUUAAAUAAUUUCAGCUGAGAGCCAUAUCUGUUAAGGUAAAUUAUGAGAACAUUUUUCAACAAAGCAACUUUUUAAAGCUAUAUAUUUGUUGAUUUCUGCUUCAUUGACAGAAAAUAUUCCCCAAAUCUUCACUUUUUGUGUAUGAUCUUAUUUACUCUUCCCCUCAGACCUAUGAGAUAAUUAGAAUCUUCCUGCCCUACAAAUAGGGAAACCAAAAUUUUGAAGGUAAAGUAAUUUGUCUUAGUGCACAUGACCAGUAAACAUCAGCGCUUAGUUAUAAAUGGAGAUUGUCAGACUCCACUGGGAGGUCUCCCAAGUGCGGGAUCCCAGUUGCUAUAAAGAGGAGGCCAGUAAAUGCUUACUGUUGGAGACUCCAGCACAAGCUAGAAUAAAGAAGCAAUUUAGAUGUACCUACAACCACACUCAGACUAGAAAAAUCUAAUACAUCUUAAUGCAACAGGCACCUAAAUAAAAUGAAAUAUAUCUGACUUAAAAAAAAAUUUUAAGCUGAUAACUUGUUUGUCCCAUAAUUAUUUAGGUAAAUCUUUACUCCAGACUCUAAUUCUUACAUUAUCUGAAGAAACCAAUUCUGUGGAAUCAAAGUAAUACAUGUACAGUAACAUAUUAUUCAAGAAACAGAAAGGCGCCAUUCCAGUCAUAUAAAAGAUAAUAAAAACAUCAAGAGUCACGUCAAUCAAGGGGGUCUGUUGACUGGCAAACUCAAUCUAUGGAUGGACCUAAUUAUCUGCAGGAGAAUUGAUGUCAGCAUCAUUUAGGGUUAACAAUGGACCAACGAGGCAGGAGCAGACAGCUACUCUCUGUAGAGACCCAGAAAGCAAACUUGGUAAUGAGGCUCUUCAUUCAUCAUAUCAUUCUGCUCUAAUUAUUAAAGUGAAUAGGAAAUACUUUAAGUUAAGGCGGGAACUGGAUAACAUAAAAACAUUUGUUUUGUAAACACAAAGAAUGCUUUUUUUUUUUUUUCUAAUGAUCCUCUUCAAAUCUACAUCAGACAUAUGUUCCCAGUACACUGUUUUCUAAAGUUGCUCUUCUAACACCUCAUAUUCAUGCUGAUUACGAAUGGGUUAUUUUUGUUAUCUCAAAAAGGGAGGGUAAGACUGCUAAGAGUCUACAAUUUUAAUUUCUACUCUUCAACCUAAAAAAGGUAGGGAGAGGGUCACAAGUACAUAUGUCACCAUAGUACAUGGUCCACCGCCAUCAAUUACAUCAAAAUAGCCCAAAUAUAUCUACCUGCCAUUUCUAAAAGUCCUGAACACUCUAAUUUUACUUACUCUGGUUCAUUUUUUCUUAAUCAAUCAUUUGAUCCUUAUCAAGUGAUUGUGAAAGAACAUGGUAGAAAAAAAAACCAGGAAUGUUUUGUUUGUACAACCUUUAUGUAAGUAAAGGCAUAUACUGCCAGCCAUUUAAAAUUGCCUGGGAUGGAAAUGAUUUGUUUAAUGAAGAUAAAAAGUAAAGUCUAAAAGGAGAAAAGAGAAAGGAGGUGAGGAAAAUAACUGUUGCCAGAACAAAAAUUAACUGAAGUUUGAGAAAAGCAGUCAUGAGACCAAAGGAAGGUUCCCUGGAGAAAAGUGUGGUCUCUUCAGUUCGGUUUUUCAGUGUUUUCAACCGACAAUCUGUAGCUAAAUUUUUUUUCUAUGAAGUUUGUUCACAGAGCCAUUUUGCAUAAAUGUUCCACAUAAUUUUUUUCUGAGCUAUGGUUCUUUACUGUAAAGUAAAUGGAAGAUGGUUAAGCACGGUAAGGUUUUUAACCAUCCCUGCCUGUUCUACUGAAGUUAAUGUUCAGAAGUAUCCGCAGAUACUACUUUUAGCAACUAAAUAUUUCCAUGGUGGUAAAGAAAUGUCAGUAAAAUCUAUGUACUUUAAGAACAUCAAAUUCUUAUUAUACUUAUCAUGUGUGCAGGCAGAGUACAUAAUAAACUAGUCUAUAGCAGCUGUAAAUUUCUGAGGAUUUAUCUAACCACAAAUACAUUGAAAUGGGGAAAUAGGGCUAUAUUAAACCAUGCAAGAUGCUGCUGGAGUUUUGCCAUUUCUGCAACAUCCUGUAAUUAAUUUAUCAUGACAGGUCUGGCAAACUGAAACAUCCAAUACACUUGCAACAGACUGUUGUACCAUAGUUGCUGGAGAUCCUGCAGCCACAUAAAGUCAAGGUAGAUUUUUCUUUCAAACGUGAAUAUAGUACUGUUCUAUUUAGAAUGCCCUAUAGCCGAGGACAGACUUGUUGUCACUUUUGAAUUUCAAAAAAAAAAAAGAAGAAGAAGAACAUCUAGAAUAUAGAACAGAUCCUGGGCUGAGAUAAGGAGUUCAGUCUGUCCUCUGCAUUUUGUGGUCUUUUCCUGAAGAAGGAUAGCCCUGGGUAGGAGACUGAUACAGUCCAGUCAACCCUUCCCAUGCAUGCAUGCCUGCAGCUAGAUACAAUGGAUUUCUCUCCUAGGAGGUUUGACGGUCACUUGCCUCCUGGUAGUCUCUUGGACACAUGCUCUUCCUGAAGAGAAGACUCACAAGACCACCUCAUCCAUCUGGGUGCCCUCCUCUUCUAGAAGUCACAGUCCUGCCAUUUUGCAAACUUUGAGCACAGAUAAAUUCAGUAUUUAUCCCUGCUCCAAUAUCCUCCAAUCUAAAGAAAGAAAAUAAUGUAAUAAUGGGGUGGGGAUUUUUGUCAAAAUAGAUUUUCUUACUAAACAGUGAGAUCCCGGGUCCCUGGCUGGGUCAGACUCGGCAGAGCAUGUGACUCUUGAUCUCAGGGUUGUGAGUUUGAGCCCCACGUUGGGGGUAUAGUUUACCUUAAAAAAUAAUAAUAAACUCUGAAAAAAACACAA